UUAGAUUUACAGUUUUUUGAAGAUAUGGCAACAUACCGGUUUUUUAAUAAACAUGUCGGAAAGUGGUUGUGCAUAGUGGACUAGUAGAUUAAUAAUAAUAAAUUUCAUAGUUGUUUUAGUUACUAAAUUUUCCAUUAGUAUAAUAUAUUACAUUAGAUUUUGUGUUGGUGAGGGUGAUGUACAAAUGGACGAAAUGUUGUAGAAGAGGAUUGAAGCUCUGACGUAUUUUACGAAAACGAUAAACAUCUUUUAAAGCCGACAAGGUAUACGGUUGGUUAUUUUGGUCUUUGUACGUUUAUAUUGUUUGCAUUUAUACCUGGAAAAGUUGCAGGCUUCCUAUUUGCGUUUCGCAGUUCGGAGUAUCCACGAGCACGAAGUAUUAUAAUCAUAACAAAAAUAUAUUCUGGAUAUAUUUAGCGUCUAUUGUGGUUUAUGUGAGGACUUAUAUUUUAUUUAUAAUAGCGACAGAGGUGAACCAAAAAAAUUGUAAAUUAUCGGAUAACGCCAGCCCACAAGAUGGCCGACUGUUAUUCGUAAGACUUAGAGAUGCUUUUAGAUAAUGUCUGGUGCGUCUGGUUCAUCAGGGAGUGGUACAGGGCGAGGCAGAGGUGGUAACGCAGUCGGGGAUAAGCCGGAUACUAAAGAAAAUAAACCUAACGCUAAAAUGUCGAAAGCACUUGGUACAUCAGCCAAGAGAAUCCAAAAGGAGCUGGCCGAGAUCACACUAGAUCCCCCGCCUAACUGUAGUGCAGGUCCUAAGGGUGACAAUUUAUAUGAAUGGGUCUCAACAAUAUUAGGGCCGCCCGGAUCGGUUUAUGAAGGUGGCGUCUUCUUUUUAGAUAUUCAUUUUUCACCGGAAUAUCCCUUCAAACCUCCUAAGGUGACGUUUCGUACGAGGAUAUACCACUGUAAUAUAAACAGCCAGGGCGUUAUAUGUUUAGAUAUUUUGAAAGACAAUUGGUCGCCGGCACUCACCAUUUCAAAAGUACUAUUAUCUAUAUGCUCCCUCUUGACUGACUGUAAUCCUGCCGAUCCCCUCGUAGGCAGCAUUGCGACGCAGUACCUCCAGAACAGAGAGGAACACGAUCGUAUCGCCCGUCUGUGGACCAAGCGCUACGCUACAUGAUGUGUUUCCUUCCUAAACGCACACUGUUAUAAUGUUAAUGUUAUAUGCAUUCACCUGACAUCCGAAGUGAACGGGCAUACAACAAAGCUUAAUGAUAUUUAGUUGCAAAGUAACAGACCGGUUCGUGAACUAACAGACGCCACCUGGAUGGUCAUACAUUUAUUUCUGUUACUCCUACACCAAGGAGUACCAACUGCGAGUUUUUUUUUAAAUUAUAAUAUUUAGUUGCAAUUAAUGUGAAUUCUUUUUUUUAAAGCUUGAACACGACUAUUAUGUUAGGCGGAGAGUUUUUUUUUUUUUUUUAGUUAUAAAUUUACUCUUUCUGUUAAAUUUACUCAGAUAUUAGGAUGCAGUUGUAGGUUAUAACUUAUUGAUGUAGGCUAAAAGUGAUUGAGUCAAUUUUGCCACGUGUGAUCUCAAACACUUAACUGUUUUUCUAUUUAAGUCAUUCGUAACAAUAAAAUUCGUGGAAUAAAAUUUAUCUGUUGCGGGAUGUGGUCUUGUGAUUGUUCGGUGAUUGGUGAUUUUAUCUGUUAUUUAUAAGAUUGCUCGACUGACAAUGAACCGUACGUAGCCUGGUCCCUCGUCACGUGCAACACCGCGCUCCAUCUGCCAUAAAUGCAUUUUUGGAAAUUAAGACAUACCUAGCAUUGAAAUAGUCAAAUACUCAAUAUUUAUAGUCGGGUUAUAAAAAACUGUGAGUUGUUAAUUUGGUUAUGUUGUAAAGUAAAUGAUAUAAACGUAAUGAUCUUGAUAUACUUCUCUUAUGAAUUAUUUAAAACCUCCGCACCGUCAAACGACUAUUGAUUCUUAAAGCAUAGAGAAUAAAAUUGUGUUUUUUAUUUCAUUUUAAAAUCUAGUCGAUUAUUUUUGGUUUAUAAUUUCAAAAUUAUUUUUGUUGAUAUUGCUUUAUGAGAAACAUUAAUACAGCGUGUUCUUUUUUUUGUCAACUCGAAUAUAUAUAAAGAAAUGUAUCCAACUUAUUGAGUGACUUAUGUGAAGUCACCUGUAUAGUAUUAGAAGGACUCUGUAACAUUAAUUUAAUUAUAAAAUUUAUUAUUUAGUUAAAAUUUUCGUAUUCAAUAAUAUUUUCUUAGAUAGUUUGUUGAAUUAUUUUAAUAUCGAUAGUUCGUUCUACGUCUCAUUUACCUUACGCUAGUGUAGUUUCAAUUCAGUUUUAUCGAUGUUUUUAACAUUUCGUCAGGUUAAUAUGUGAACGAGUUCUCGUAGAUAUGCGUCCGGUACAGUUAUACGACAAAUUUUAUUUAUUUUUAUAAAGAGCAUAAAAUUGGCCGUCAACCCUGAAGAUAAUCAUCAUUUCAUAUUUGAGUAAUAUUUUCUUCGUACAAUAGACGACAUACGAAAUGACUACCGGCAUUGUUUUAUUAAAAACUACAUAUCAAAGUAUAUUAUUUUGUAUGGUUUGUGUAGAUGGCGCCACCGUGCCAAAGCUCGCUUCGGCUUCCGCUCGGGACAUGACACGUCAUUAAAUAUACAGCGUAUUCCGUUUAGAAUGUAAACAGUUGUUAGUCGUAAGUUAUUUCAUUGUUUAGGUGAUAUGUAUAACGUCUUAACCCUAGUUAUUAAAGUAUAAAAAAAAACUUAGCCGUGUAAUUUCUAGCGAAGUGUAUGUCGCGUGUAUAUGAAUGUUUUGGUGAUGAAAGCUAUUGAGAAAAAAAAGUAUUAGAAUAUAAUUUGAUUUCGUUGGAAGCGGAAACUGGUGCUGUGAGACUCGGAUGUUUGCGGCGUGCGUUAAUAUUAAUGAAGACCGCGUCCGUGUUCGUGUACGGGAUAUAUUUUGUCGAUGUGAUUGUUUUAUACUACGACUCUAGACGGGUUGCUUGCAAGAAGACAGCUGUAAUCUACGCGACUGAUGUUCCUCUUAAACUCGAUGUUCUCUCAUUGAUAUCUUAUAAUCAUCUUUUGUUAAAAUUUAUAUCAUGGUAUAAAAUAGGAAAAUAAAAUGUGUGUAACUAGAACACUA